AUGUCAGCGGACCCUCCUUCAGCUGCUGAGCCGAACAGCCCCAAGAAGCCCUAUUCCUUCACCAUCGAGAGCAUCCUGUCAGGCUCAGCAGAGAGCAGGGCCCCCAUCCUUUUCCCCUUCUGUUUCCGAGGCAUUUGGGACCACGAGCCUAAAGGGCUGUGCCUUUGGGGGAACCUGGGUGGGCUCCCCGAGGAAGAAGAAACGGACGAGGCAGAGAGAGCUGGAUUGUGCAGCUGUUGCUGCUGUUCUCGGGGUGGCGCUCACACGUGGCAAGACUGCGCGAAUUGGCUCGCUGAUGCCAGGUAUGCCUGGCCCAUGCGGCUGUUCCACCCCAUGGGCAGGCCGUGCAGGAAUCACCGGGGGAGCCCGAGUGAGCUGCAGACCUUCCACCAGAUCCAGCGACGGACUCGGCGGCAUCGCACCAUCUUCACGGAGGACCAGCUUCAGGCCCUGGAGACCCUUUUCCAUAAGAAUCAAUAUCCGGAUGUCAUCACCAGGGAGCACUUAGCCAGCCGGAUCCACCUGAAAGAAGAGAGAGUUGAGGUUUGGUUUAAAAACCGCCGUGCCAAGUGGAGACAUCAGAAGAGAGCUUCAGCUUCAUCACUCAUCCUUCCAGGCUCUAAGAUUUCUUCCGAGGAGAGCUGCUGA